AUGGCAGGCCGUGUGCGGCACCCCAUCGACGUCAAGGCGCUUGAGCGCUACAUCGAGCAGCAUGCCCCCGAGAUCAAGACCCCGCUGGACGUGAAGCAGUUCGGCUUCGGCCAGUCGAACCCGACCUACCAGCUCACGGCGGCCGACAAGCAGCGCUACGUGCUGCGCAAGAAGCCGCCGGGCAAGCUGCUCUCCAAGGCCGCCCACAAGGUCGAGCGCGAGCACCGCAUCAUCGCGGCGCUGGGGCCGACCGACGUGCCCGUGCCGCGCGCCCACGGCCUGUGCGAGGACGCCGCCGUCGUCGGCACGCCCUUCUACAUCAUGGAGUUCCUCGACGGCCGCAUCCUCGAGGACCCGGCCAUGCCCGAGGCGGCGUCGCCGCAGGAGCGCACCGAGCUGUGGCGCCAGGCCGUCGUCACCCUCGCCCGCUUCCACGCCGUCGACUACCGCAGCCCCGCCGUCGGGCUCGACUCGUUCGGCAAGAGCGGCGGCUUCUACGACCGCCAGCUCGCGACCUGGCGGCAGAUCUGCGACGCGCAGGCGCGCGCCGUCGACGCCGACACGGGCAGGCCCGUCGGCCCGCUGCCGCACUUUGACGAGCUGCUGGCCUUCUUCGCGGACCGGUCGCGGCAGCCGCGCGACCGCGCCAGCCUGAUCCACGGCGACUACAAGAUCGACAACAUCGUCUUCCACAAGUCGCAGCCGCGCGUCAUCGGCAUCCUGGACUGGGAGAUGAGCACCGUCGGCCACCCGCUGUCGGACCUGGCCAACCUGAUGCACCCCUUCUACACGGCGGCCAUGCCGGCCAAGUACAGCAGCUCCGAGGCCUUCGUGCCGGGCGCCACCCCGGGCCUGCCCACGCCCGAGACCGUCAUGAAGUGGUACGCCGAGGCUGCCGGCUGGGACCCGCGGCCCGACAUCAACUGGGCCAUGGCCUUCAGCGUCUUCCGCCUGUCGGCCAUCUGCCAGGGCAUCGCGGCCCGCGUCGCCACGCGCCAGGCCAGCAGCGAGCAGGCGCGGAAGCACUCCGAGGCCAUGGGGCCCCUGGCCGAGUUUGCGUGGCAGUUGGUGGAGCGGGAGAAGGCCCAGGUCAGCCUGGCUGCCAAGUUAUAG